ACCUAAGCUUUCUUAAUAACACAUAGCUACUGCCAUUAGUAUUAUUUAUGUGCUGUACGGUCAUAAACCUCUUUGCUGUUGAAAACUUUUACAUGAGAAAUGUUGCCACAGCUGUUGUCUCAAAUAUGAUCACAUGAUCUCUUUAUUGAUAUUCCUGAUCAAAGAUAUUUGUUGUCUAAAUGUCGGAGUCGAAUUUCCCACGUUUCACCAUGUUUCCAGUGUCAGUAGUGAACUCUAAACUGCAGCUUUUAAGGCAGAAAGCAUGAAAAGUGAAAGUAACAAUAACAACAUACUUUCCAGCUGCAUAUGCCAAGGAUACAAAGGCCACGUGGGAUGAAUUUUAUAUGAAAAAACUUCUCUUUUCCUUUUUUUUUUUUUUAAGUUUAUCUGAUUAUGACUCCAACAAUAGCAUAAGGUUUAAGGAAGUUGCCAGUCUAUUUUAAGGUUACUUACUGACAGAGUGGGAUGAUACCUGUGUACCACACAUAGUUGACCAAAUGAGUAAUAGUUAGUGGUUUCUCUCAUUCAUUGCCUCAUUGUGUCAAACCAAUUCUGGAAAGGUUGAUAAAACCGAGUCCAUUAAUAGAAGUGCUAGAAACUAAAGUUCCUCUAGUGGCCAGUUGAUGCUAGCUUUAAAAGAGGAGCAUGUUAAGAUGCCUAAACUUACAGCCGGAGAAAAAGCAUUUGUACAGCCUGGGGAAAAAAACAGAUUUGGUUCUUAUAGAUGAUUUCCCCCAUUCAUGGCAGCUGUACAAGGCGUGGAGUUUGUAUAAAUCAUCCUUUUUUUAUACUUGUUCGAAGGCUUAAACAUAUGGAUCAUAAACACUGUGAUGUGUGCUUUUCUUUUUCCAUGAAAUAAUUUAGAAACCAGACAACAGCGUAUACUGUGCUGCGUAGUUUCUAAGUGAAACUAAAAUGUGUAAUAUUCUCAGUCUCACAUUGGUCAGCCAAUAAAACGAAGCAAUAGACUGUUUAGUUUGUGACUUCUUUCACUUUGUGCUGUUUGGCCAGCUGUGCCAAUUAAAAAACAACACAAAAUAUGAUAUUUUGUCACAGCAGAUUUCUUCUUUCUCUGCUUUAAUGACAUAUUUUUUUCCCAUAGAGGAAAUCUGUCAUCUGUAAACCCUCUUUUACCCAUAUCUGCGAAUCUUCAGACUGAGAAGGAGGCAAACGGGUUCGUUCGCUGAGAUCAGCGAACUAAUAAAUGUGUGAAAAUGACUCAGCUCUCUAAUGUGUUUUACAGCAUCAUGGACCACAAGUUCUAAAUGUGAAAGAUGCACUAAAUGACAGUUAGAUUAGGGAUGAUUUAACGCAGAAAUGUGGUUGCUACCUCCCCAUCAGCCCAUCACCGCAACUCCAUCAUCAACUGCAAAGCCAACAAUCCGUGCACAUAACUUUUCUUCACAGGCGUCCAGAAAGUGACGGUUUCUAACUGCAGAAUGUGAGACAGCUGCCUGUUCAGCGAUAUAAGAAGACCUCACCACUGUAGGAAAUUCUGAUGUCAACAAUCAGAAAUGGCAUCUGGCAGCAGUAUCUUCUCUGAGGACCAGUUUCUGUGUCCCAUCUGCCUGGAUGUCUUCACUCGCCCAGUUUCCACUCCAUGUGGACACAACUUCUGCAUGUUGUGUAUCAAAACCUACUGGAACGAUGUGCAAGUCUGUCGGUGUCCUGUCUGUAAUCACACUUUUGAAAGAAGACCGGAUCUCAAGGUCAACACUUUCAUUUCAGAACUCGCGUCAAACGUCUUGUCGCUUAAAGGUAAAGUUUUUGACACCUGGAGUGCUCAUUCACUGCAGGCCAGCCCUGGAGCUGUGGUGCUAUGUGGCAUCUGUACCGACACGCCGCAAGAAGCAAUUAAAUCAUGUGUGGAGUGUCAGACUUCAUACUGCGACGUUCAUCUGGCGCCUCAUCACCUUGCCCCUGGACUGAAGAAGCACACGUUGAUUGAACCUGUGGCGAGCCUGGAGGGGCGGAUCUGUGAGGAACAUAACAGGCUGCUGAUGUGGUUCUGCAGAGACGACAGCGCUCUGCUGUGUGACGUCUGCUCCAGCUCCCACCACAAGGAGCACUCCGUUGUUCCUGUGGAGCAGGCGUACGACGAGAAGAAGAGCCUGCUGGAGCACACUGAGGGUAAAGUGCAGCGGAUGAUCCAGGAAAGGCUCCAGAACGUCGUGAAAGUGAAGGAAUCAGUCAAGCUAAGCAAGACAGAAACUGAAAAGGUGAUUGCCAGCGGCAUGCAGGACCUAACAGACCUGGUGUCUGAGAUUCAGAGGAGUCAGACAGAGCUCAUCGCGGUCAUUGAGGAGAAACAAAAAACUGUAGAACAAAAAGCAGGAGGGGUAAUUAGUGAUAUGGAGAAGGAGAUCACAGAGCUGCAGUUGACAAGUGUGAAGCUGACUGAGCUAAAGCAGACUAAAGAUCAGCUCCAUUUUCUCCGGCACUACCCAAACUCCUCUGUCCUGCCUCAAACAAUAGAUCUGUUGAAUCUCAGCUUUAACCGACACCUGGAGAUACAACACGUAGGCGAAUAUUUGAGAAACUCCGUCUCCCAGCUGCGAACACUGCUCAAUAAAAUGAACACAGACAUACAAAAACUGUGCGACAGCUCAGACGUGUCAAAUAAAGCCACACUCAGAUAUAUGCAGCAGUACGAAGUGAACGUCUUGCUGGAUCCGGACACGGCUCAUCCUCUGCUCAUGAUAUCAGACGACUUGAAAGAAGUAAGAUACAGCAUGCGCACAGGAUGGUGGGCAAACCAAAUCUCGAACCCAAACAUGUUCACUGAGCAUCUUGCAGUUCUGGGAAACAGAAGCUUCUCAUCCCGCAAGCUUUACUUCGAGGUUUACGUGGGUCAGAAGACCGAGUGGUGUCUGGGCAUGGCUGCUGCGUCGGUCCAGAGGAGAGGGUCACUCAGUCGGGAUUCGCGCAGUGGGCUGUGGGCCAUGUGGUUCCUGGAAAAUAAGUUUGAAACCUUCAACUCUCCGGAUGAGCCGGUACACUUUGGGAAAGUGGAGCGGAUCGGGGUUUUCAUGGAUUACGACAGAGGUCAAAUAUCAUUCUGGGACACGGAGGCUGCAACACUUAUUUACUCUUUCUCAGAGUGUUUCUUUACCGAGGAGCUCUAUCCGUACUUUAAUCCCUGUGACAAUGAAUUUGGCUCCAACUUGGAUCCGAUCAUAAUAGUUCCUGUUGGUGAAAGCGAGUCAGCGGGGCUUCAGAGACUCACUCUUUAAAUCAAAUAUAAUAUUUUGUUUGAGUCUUUGUGGGUUAAAAGCCAAGUGCCUUACAUUUAAGGACAUGUAUCCAAUAUGGAGAAUGUCUUUAAUAGAUAUUUAUCAGUGAGAUAAUGUGAAUACGUGAGGUUUUCUUGCUAAGUUUGCUAAUCGCCUAUCCAGGUACAGAUUUUUUCAGUUUUGUUGGUUUCUUUUUGCUAUUAAUUAGCUAGAGAAAAAUAGAUCAACAAUUCUAAAGUGUUUCAGCUCCUCGUCAAACUGACACAACAUUCGGGCGGUUUUCUCUCGUCUGAAAAUGUUAAGGUACAAGGACGGGACUGAAAAUGAGUGAAAAAUCUUCCAGAAAGCCUGAAGAACUAUUGCUGCAGACCGCUUUAAAAUUACAAGAAAGACUGGCUCCUUGGAAAGAAAAUAUAAAGAAAUGAUGGUAGAAUAAAUACGGUUUUGACAAGUAAAAAGAAAAAGCAAACUGAUAAAAACAGUGAAUGUGGAACUCAAUACGAAAGUCUCUCAAUGUUUGUUUUAAGGAGGAAAAUAAUAUCCAAACCUUUUAGUUUAGAUUUGUAUUUAAUGACUAAUGAGUUAUUUAUUAUCACAGUUUUUCGUAUAAUAAUUCAAUUAUUUUGUCUAUCACGUUUUGACACAUUGCCAGGCAGCUCCAUAAUUGUCUUAUGAAUGUAGGAUGGUGGCUUCAUCUUAUAAACAGGCAGCAAACAAUAAACACUAAUUCAUUACACUACAAAAAAAAAAAGAAUAAACUAUAGAGGGUUUUUUCCUGGUACAUAUGGUGACGUCAGUUAAAGUGUGAAAGGUUCAAGGCUUGUAACGAGUUCGGCACUUCGUGCACAGAAGAUAUUACAGCAAGUUAACGAGGGAGGACAAUGGGUGGAAAUAAUACAAUUGAGGAUUUAACUGAAAAGAAAGUGGGGCUGUAAAUCACACCUGUGAUUUCAAGUCAAAAUAUGAAUUCACCAGGUGUUCUUACUUACAUAGCUGACAUGAAAGUACGAGUGGAGUCAGUAAAGUGGUGAAAGGACUUAAAGGAUGUGUUCUUGUAAGUCACGAAUAGAUGCACAUUUUGCAUGUAUUUACGGAUUUGUAGAAAGAAAUGUUGCUGCUGAGUAGUGUAUUCUUUUGUAUGUGUUUUUGGGCACUGUGAGCACUGCUAAAGCAGAUUCCAGUAUAUUAAACCUACACAACAGAUAAAUCCACAUAGCAAGUCAGAGAAAAAAACUGUCCCUUUAAUUUUGAUAUAUUUAAUAUUACAAAUAUACCUGAUUGAAGAUUAUCUCAUUUAAUUUUCAAGUGUCAAACUGGAGUCAUUAGCUUAUAAUGUGUUAAAAUGAUACAAGUGUAAUUCCCUGACUCAUUGCAAUGUUGUUGUUGUUUUUUUUGCAAUAUCCAAAUAAAUAAUAUUUGUGAGGAAUGAAA